AUGCCGCCCACGGGCGUCCUCCGCGCGACCAGCCUCGCCUCGCUGCCCGUCGACGAGGAGGAGCGGCUGGCCGCGCAGCUGCUUCUGCUUCGCGGCGACUCGCGUCACCACAGCGACGCCGUCCGGCUGAUGCGAGAGCACCUCGGCGUGCAGGCGGUCCUCCUCGAGGGUGCCCUCGCGGAUGCGCUGCUGCCUUCAACCGACGCUGCGGAAGGCAUCCCAGCCGCGCCCGGGCCCAGCCUCGGCUGUCUCGAGCGCGGGCUGCCCCUCGGCCUGGCCACGGCCGCGACUGUGGAGGCGCCAAAGCCGGGCGAUGUAGUGAGCGAUGCAGCCAUCUCGAGGUGGAUCCGCACCACCUGCGAGUCGGUGGAGGUCGGGCUGAUCAACUACCUCCACGUGGGCGUGCGCGUGAUGUGGGCCGCACCGGACGGCGCGUGGAAGCAGCAGGCGCUGCUGCGUCCGCGCUGCAAGGUGUCCAUCACGGGCCACGGCUGCAUCUCGUGGCAAAACACCUUCCUCGGCCACUCCUUCGAGCUGCGGCCCGAGGACCCGGCCGCGAGCGCGCCCGUCUCCUUCACGGUGCAGCACGCGGGCGUCGUCUCGAUCGGCGAGCCCGCCCCGCUGCCCGAGGAGCUCUACCGCCACAACUGGACCGCCGUCGUCGAGACGACGCAGGCGCUCGAGCGGAAGCGCGCGCGCGCCGUUGGCUUUGCGCGCGCGCCGAUCCCCGAGCGGACGUGGGCCGCGCUCUCGACCUACUACUACAACAACCGGCACGCCGCGCAGCGCGAGGACUGGGACGACCUCGGCACCUCGAUGGCCUUCGUCAACUGGUGGGAGUCGCAGACGCGCCUCAUCCCGAUGCCGCUCCGCUGGAAGGAGAGGUGGCACCGCGAGCUCAUGCCGACCGUGGCCGCGUGGGCGGGCGACGUGCAGCUGCAGGCGACCGCGUUUUACGGGAUGCGCGUCUACGCGGACGCUUCGUGGCUCAUCCGCCACGUCGACCGCGAGGACACGCACGCCCUCUCGGCCAUCAUGAACCUCGACCAGUCCGACGACGCGUGGCCGCUCCUCAUCGACUCGCUCGACGGCGAGACGCACUCCCUCACCAUCUCGCCCGGCGAGAUGCUCUUUUACGAGUCGGCGCGCUGCCUGCACGGCCGGCCGCUCCCGCUCAAGGGCUCGCGUUUCGUCAACGCGUUCGUCCACUACCGCCCAAAGGACGACCCGCACUGGCACGCCGUGGCAGGCAGCUACUCGGGCGCCGCGGUGCGCUGGGCUGCGGACCACAUCGCCGCGCGCGAGAUGGCGCGCCGGCUUGCGGCGCACUCGGGGCACGCCUGGCUCGCGGGAGCGGCGGCCGCGUCGCCGUCUGCAGCGCCAACCUCCUCGGCCGGCAGUUUGGGCGGUUCGCUCACUUGGGAGGCUGCGGUGGCGCUGGACGCCGCCAUAGCGAUCCUGCUCUUUGGCGUCCUUUGCCUCGUCGCCCGCCGGCUGAGGCUCACAGGACUCAUCCUCGCGCGCCUGCAGCGAGCCGCGAGGCCGCGGCGAGAGAAGGGGGAGGCGGCGUACUAUAGCUCCUACUGCCUAAAGCCGUAG